UGGCCGCCAUGUUUUACGUCAAGCAGCAAGUGCUUUCUGUGUCCUGGAGAUCUUGGUCACUACAUUUUGAAGCUAAAAACUAUUCUAGAGUCAAGAAAGAUGCCAAGAGAGCCAACCUAGGGAGUAUAGUGCAAUACUCUUGUUGUGUAUGAGCCUGCUUUCCUCUUUGGGCUGUGACAGAGAGUCAAGAACUGAUCGUUCUGGCUCUCCCAGACUUCUUAAGUCUUCAAAAUAUCUUGCUAUAGUAAAGAACAGUUGAUAUGAAGCCUCUCAUAGUCCUGAGUUCAGCACAACAAAAGUUUUAUUGGCAAAACAGCUCUACUUUGCACAUCAGCCAUUGAAACUCUGCAUAACUUUGACGUAAAACAUGGCGGACAAAAAUCCGUUCAAUAUUAUUUCUUUGUAUAUACGGUAUCACAAACUAAUUCUCGCCUAAAGGGGUCUAUAUAGCUUUAGUUACGGGUAUGGCAUCUAAGGGGGCAUUGGAACCUCUGGCAAGAGCUGACAAGAUAGUGAAGAAACAUGAAGCCACUCCUAUACUACAAGAUAGCGAUUGUAUAGCAGCUAUUGACUUUGGGACCUCAUCUGUAUCAGUAGCAUACACCACUCCGCGGUUGAAUCCAACAAGAGAUGUGAAAGUUGUACCACUUCACAAAACUUAUGAAAGAGUCCCUAAUGCUAUACUAAUCAAGAAAGAUCAAGAGAGACAAGAUUACUGGAAAACUUCUGAAAUUGGACAUCACGCACAAAGUACAUAUAGCAAGAUGAAGAAGAAGGGUUCUGAAAAUGUCAUAUAUUUUGAACGAAUAAAAAACCUACUGAAAAGAGAUGAAUCAUUAGAUCGUACUACCCAAGUCCCUUCAUUCACUGGUGGUUCUUAUUAUCUUAUUGAAGUUAUAGCUUUUAUACUAACACACCUCAAGGAGAAGCUGCUGGAUGAUCAUCUGAAAAGAAAGUACAAGUCAACUGAUUUUGAUUGGGUCAUUACUGUUCCUGCUAUAUGGGAAGAAAGAGCAAGAAGAAUGAUGAGAGAAGCUGCUUAUAUGGCUGGUCUCACUUCUGAUGCUCCUGGUAUAACAAGGUUCACUCCAGUUGGUUCCCCUUUACCACGUCCAGAGGAGGUUAAUCCUCAGAAGCUAUCAUUAGCUCUAGAACCAGAAGUAGCUGCUAUAGCUGCACAUAAGUAUUCAGAAGAAUCAGGAACAUCUCCACAAAGAUAUAUGGUAGUUGAUAUAGGAGGAGGUACAGUUGAUAUUACUAUACAUGAUAAGAGUAAUGGGAGAAUUAGUGUAGUACUACCACCAAUGGGGAACACCUGGGGGGGUACUACUGUCAAUGAAGCAUUAUCAGCAAUACUAGAAGAAGUAUUGGAUGAUAAAGGUUUCGAGGCUUUCAUAAAAUCAGAUGCUAAUGCUAAAGCUGCUCUCAAUAAACUCUUCUAUGAAGACUUUGAGGAAGUGAAAAAAUUAUUUGGAGAUGCAAAAGAAGAUAUGGAGGAAAUAGCAAUAAUUUUACCUAUGAAAUUAAUGAAUUUUUAUUGCAACGACAAGCUUCAAAAGGCAAAGCAAGUGAAUAUGGAUUACGAUCCUGAAGAUGGUUCAUUAAGCAUAGGACACAACCUAUUAGAAGAAAAGGUAUUCAAAUCCACAGUUGAUAAGAUCAUAGAGUGCAUGAGGGAAGCAUUUGAUCACUUAACAGAUCCUAUCGAUACAGUUUAUCUGGUAGGAGGGUUUGGAGGGUGUAGGUUUGUUAGCCAAAAGAUAAAAGAAGCUAUCACUCAGCAUUGUGGUAAUAUAGUGUGUCCUGUACAACCAGAUCUUGCUGUAGUAAGAGGAGCAGUAAUGUGGAGGAAAGAUCCUAACAUAAUCCAAUCACGUGUUGCUGAUGCUACUUAUGGGACAAGUGUUAAUGCUAUAUUUAACCCAGAAAUACAUGAUGAAGAUUAUGUGUUUGAGGAUAAAGAAGAUCAUGAAGAAUACUGUUCAUGUAUAUUUAAGGUAUUUGUACUCAAAGGAGAAGCAAUUAAGGAUGAAGAAUAUAAAGCUACAUUUAUACCUGGCCGUCAAGAAGAUAUAAAAGCUCAUAUCCCUAUAUACUGUACAGGAGAUGAUGGAGUUCAGUAUACAAGAGAUAAAGAAGGUGAACUAACAGUACGUAAGAUUGGUGAACUGGUACUUGAUAUUCCUAAUCCUGAUAAUCUACCAAGGGAGGAGAGAGAAUAUGACGUAUUCAUGGAUUUCAGUGGUACAGAGAUACAAGCAAGAGCUCAGUAUAGUAUCACUGGAGAAGAAGUGAAAACAGUUUGUGACUUUCUAUCAAAACAAGACUAAUAAUAACUGUAGUAACAUAAUCCCACAUAAUAGAUUAUUACAUGCGUUUACUUUAUUUUACAACACACAAAUUACUUAAGCUGCCAA